AUGAGUGUCCUGCUUAUACUUUCGUUAAUUGUCAUAGCAGUUUAUAUUUGUGUUUCAUGGUUACUGCCAACUCUAUUGGCAUGGUUGUUCAAAAGGAAGUACCAUAUCAAAUUGAAAAUAGGUAGAAUAGCAGUACCAAAGCUAAUUCUAAGAGAUGUCAGUUUGUCUAAGGAUGGAUAUUCUGUACACAUUGGUGAAGUAUCUUUUCGGAGCAGCUUUUUUAACUCAGACAUCAAUAAACUGGUAUCUGUAGUCAUAAAUAAGAUUCAAAUAACUAACAAUGCGGAAGAAAAGAGAAGUGCAGUUGUGGAGUCUAUCCUUAAACCAUUGUUAUCAAAGCAGAAUUCCACUAAAACAGACGGACUUGAUGAAGAUGCUACUGAAUCCCAAACAAUUAAUAAAGAAUUGGAAAAUUUAAUUAAAAAGAAAUUGUUAGAUUUUCGAGAUAAGAAGUUACCGCCAAGUCUGAUUAUGUUUGCUCAGUUCAUGGGCGUGCACGUGAUGGACGCGUCGCUGACGGUGGCGAGCGGCGACGCGCGCCGGCCGUGGGCGGUGGAGGCGGCAGCGGGGGAGGUGCGCGCGGACGGGGCGGCGGGGGGGCCGGCGCGCGCGCUCGCCUUCUGCGCCAGCGCGCUAAGGCUGCGCCUCGCGUGCCCGGCCGCCGGGCUGCUGGAGGCCGCCUGCUCGCUGCACGUCGAGGGCACCGUCAAGGCGGACGGGCCGCUCAACGUCGAGAAAAUUCACAUAGCUAUCAGCAAUCCAACAAUUUCAUUAGAAGAUGAAGUAUAUCCUUUCAUACAAAAGUUGAAGAAAAUGAAAACUCCACAACCCAAACAAGUUAUAUGCAGUGAUGACCACCUUAGCACACUGAUUCCCAGACUUUCUCCUAUUAUACCAAAGAUUUUUAGUUUGAAAAUCGAUAAAACGACUAUUAGCACAGGAAAUAAAACAAGUACGACUACUCUGCAAAGCUUGCAGGUUAACUCGAGGUUCAGUGCUGCACUGGUGGAGGGUGUGGGUUCAGGCGUGCCGCAGGUGUACGUGGCCUUCCAGGCUGACCAGCUGCAGCUGGCCACCGGUCAGGGCACUAUAUUCUUUCUUAACAAGCUCAAGCUGGAUGCGAAGCUGGAGAAAGGGGUGCUGAACUUAUACUUGAUAAUUAGUACACUGAAGGUGUCAUACAAUCAUGAACUUAUAUUUAAAUGGUAUAGCUCGAUUCUACAAGCUAAAAACAAAUCAAAGCCCAUGCAAGUUACAGAAGAAAGCUCAUCAAGCGGCGAGCCGUCUGCGUGGCUGCGGCAGGCGCUGGGCAGCUGCGUAGUGCAGGGCUGCGCCGAGCUGCGCGCCGUGGCGGUGCUGGCCAGGCGCGCCGCCCGCCGCCCGGCGCUGGCCUUCGGCUGCGGCGGCCUCAAGGUCAAGCUCGACCAGCUGCUCGACACCAGGGAGGAGGCGUACAAAUCGCUGGUGGCGCAAUUAGUGGUGGGCGCGCGCCACUGGAGCGCCGAGCUGCUGGUGGACUCCGGCUGGGCGGGCGCAGCGCGGGAGCCCCCGCCGCGGCGCCACCACAGCUGGCGCUCCGCCCUGCUGGCCGUGGCACUCGUCAAGUGCGGCAGCCACGGCCCCCACGACUGCAAGGUGGAGGCGAUGAUGGACUGCCUGCGCCUGGAGUGGAGCCCGCAGAUCGCCGAGGCCGCCGUCGAGCUGGCCGAGUGCCUGGCCGACUACCGGCCGGGGGCGCCCCCCGCGCCGCCCGCCCCUCACGCCCCUCCCCGCCCCGCCCCCGGCGCCCCCGCCGCCGUGGCCGUCAACGUGGCGCUGUCGCACAUCAACCUGUUCCUCGUGGUCAGCGAGCGCGUGUGCCUGAUGGCGAGGGUCGACGCCGUCACCCUGGAGAAGAGCGCCGCCAAGACAGGGGCGCUCGUUUCAGGCCUGAAAGUGGUCGAAAUGGUGCCCUACAAAGGUAACGUCCAAUGCCAUAGGUCAGACGAGAUCGGUUCCUCGUUCUUCCACGUGCGCUUAGCGAGGGUCGAGCAUGUGCCUCGCAGGGAGAGGAACUCGGCCCUCCUCGACUUCCAGUUCCUGGAGGCCGUCGACUUUGAGUGGAGCGCCAACAUGCACCUGAAGAUACUCACCUUCUUCAGGGACCUGAGGGAAUUUAGGAAGGAGUGGGAUGCGGCGAUCACUAGAGGGCUCGUGAGCCACGUGCCGCGGAAGGUGGACAUCGCUAGAGACUGGAGGGUGUCUUUUAAGGGCGACACGAAUCUGAUGCUGCUGUUGUCGGAGGAGAACAAUAUGCUGUUUUCGACUGAGGACAUGACGGUGGGCUACGCCCACGAGGCGGGGCUGUCGGUGGCGUGGGGCCAGCUGCGGGCGGCGCUGAACGGCGACGAGCUGGUGACGGUGGACGCGUUCGGCAUGGAGCGCGCCCGCGACGACCCCGGCGUGCGCGUCGAGCGCAAGGCCAGCGAGGGCUUCGUGCUGCCCUGGAACAGGGUGUGGUCCGUGAACGUGGGCUCGGUGCGCGUGAUAUUCCCGUACAAGCACCGCUUCGCCGAGGCGGUCCAGGGCGACCUGGUGUCGCUCUUCAAGUGGCUGAAGGUCGUGCACGGCGUCGAGAGGAAACCCUUCACGGCCGACAGCCCGCUGCCGAGCGACCUGCACAUCAAGAUCGAAGAGUUGCUUAUAGAGAUGAGCGACGAUCCGUUCGAAGUCAAGCUCAGAGACAACUACGAGCUUCUGGAGGACGAAUACAAGGAGAGCGAGAAGCGACGGACCAUGCUCGAUGCUAAGGUGCAGGAGCUGUGCAAGCCGCACCUGUUCCUGCCGGCGGGCAAGGUGGAGCAGCUGUACGCGGCGCUGCGGCAGAAGGGCGCGCAGAUCUACGUGCAGCGGUGCCGCGCCGCGCCGCCGCCGCGCACGCGGCUCGUGGCCUGCUGCGUCUCCGCGCUGCGGCUGCUGGCGCUGGCCGACCCGGCCGUGCACGGCGCGCAGAGGGCCACGCACCGGCUGCGCCAGCUCGACCCCGACAGCCCGUGGCCGGAGGAGGGGAUAGAGUUCACGACGCUGUGGUGCCGCAGCGUGAGCGUGCAGUGCGCGCUGUGGCAGAUCCGGCUGCGGGACUUCCCCCAGCCGCUGCUCAGCAUGGCGGAGCUGCGCCUCUGGGGCACGCUGCUGGCGGCCGAGGAGCAGCCGCCCACGAGAGCGGUCAGAACAGUGAUCAUUGACCAAGGCGAACCUUGGGGCAAGUUCGAGCUGGAACGCAGCAUGAUGCCUCUGAAAUGGUACUACGAUCUGUGCUGCGAGAUGUCCGAGUACAGCUACGCCUUCGGACCCUGCUGGGAGCCGGUUAUAGCGCAUUGUAACCUCGCAUUCGACCAAGUGUCCCGCCCCUCGCUGGACCCGUCUGCGCCGCUGGCCUGGUGGGACAAGGUGCGCCUGCUGAUGCACGGCCGGCUGACGGUGAACUGCACCAAGUUCACCUGCCUGCUGCACGUCUCGCUCGACCCCUACAACACCACCGAGGAGAUGGAGGUGACGUGGAACGACCUGGUCCUGGAUUGGACCAACGGCAAGCUUUUGUUCCUGGGCGAGCUGAAGGUGUUCGCGCGCACGGCCAGCAAGUACGACGACUGCCGCGUGCUGCGCGUGCCGGCGCUGCGGCUGGCCGUGCGCCUGGCCUGGCUCUGCGUGGGCGACGCGCGCGACCACCACGCCGUGGCGCCCUGCGCGCCCACGCGCCUGCCGGAGUACUCCAGCAACCAGGAGCACGACUCGUACAGGGCGUUCCGCUCCCAAGGCCUCGAGCUGCACCUGGGGAUGGACACCAAGCCCGUGGAGAACGACGGACCCGUUCUCCUGCUGUACGGCAGCACGCUGAGGUGGUUCGAGAGCCUGAAGCUGAUCCUGUCGGGCGUGACGCGGCCGACGCGGCGCGGGCGCGUGUUCGCCAACGUGCGCCCGCGCAAGCCGCAGCUCUCGCGCCACUACCGCGACGUGGCCGUGGCGCUCACGCUGCACAACCUGCAGGUGUUCUACUGGUCGUCGUCGUCGAUGCAGCGCGGCAUCGAGAUGCUGGGCGUGCGCGUGACGUGCGGCUCGCGGCACCGGCUGGCGCUGGUGGCGGCCAGCGACGGGCUGGUGCGCCGCCCGCGCGCCUCCUGGGCCACCGUCUACAUCAACUGCGACCUCAACGACGCCGAGAUCUGGCUCAAAACGCCCGCGCCCCGCUCGCCCGACGACCACCACGACCGCCGCGACCACGAGGACUCGGUGCUGAGCCCGCCGGCGAUGGAGAAGUGCUACUGCCUGUCGGUGCGGCGCGUGUCGUACGGGCGCGAGGCGGACGGCGCGGGGGCGGCGGCGGGGGCGGGCGGGGCGGCGGGGGCGCCGGCGCCCACGCACCGGCUGGCCGUGCACGACCUGCGCGGCGCCUGGACCAAGCUCAACCGCGACCUGGCCUUCGCGCUCAUCGACACUUACAUCAAGACUCAGCAAUUGAAGAAGAAUUUGUCGACCAAAGCGCUCAAAGAGGAAGAGAAACCGGACACCUCUCCGAAGCAGCAGCGGGAGUCUGACGUAGUGUCACCUCCUCCGGUGUCUGCUCAAGGCGGCGGCGGGUGCGCGGCCGGCAUGCUGGCGGCGCUGGUGGCGGAGGCGGGCGAGGCGGGCGGCGAGGCGCCCGUCGUGUUCAGCGACGAGCUGGCGGGCGCCGAGGGCGAGGCGCCGCCGCCGCACGCGCCGCUGCGCCACGCGCUCGACGACGACAACGCGCACACCGCCUGCCUCAUCGAGCUGGUGAACUCGCAAGUGGUGCUGAAGGGGUGCGAGACGCGCGGCUACGUGAUCCUGUGCGCGGCGCGCGCCGAGGUGCGGCAGCGCGUGCGGCGCGCGCCCGCCGCCACCGCCUGGAGCGGCGCGCUCUCCGCCAUGCAGUACUACGCCACCGUCAGCGCCGCCGACCGCGACCAGCUCGACGAGAACAUUCAGUGGGUGUCCGUGGAGGAGAUCGAGGAGCGCUGGCAGGGCGCGGAGAUCAGCACGCUGCCGGACGUGCCGCGGCUGGUGGGCAGCGGCCACUCGGCCGGCGGGGUCAUCGGCCGCACCGUGGGGGAUGCGUAUUACUACAACAAUGAAUACAUUCGUUUCGCGCUCCAGCUGCAGCGCAUCGUGUCGCGCUGCGCGUGCGAGUUCUACUACGUGACGCACGAGGACACGGAGGCGGGCGGGGGCGCGGGCGCCGGCUGGGCGCAGUCCCCGCAGCCCUACGACUCCUUCACGCUCAUGCACCACGACCUCGACGUCUGCACCAAUUCGCUGCAGUACGCGAUGCUACUGGACGUAGUGAACAAUGUGGUGCUCCGCGUGGAGCCCGAGCGGCGUCGAGCGCUGGAGAGGCGGGCCAGGAUGCGCUUCCAGCUGCAGCUGCACCAAGACCGCGACCACCGCCAGCUCAUACACAAGCUGCAGACGCAGGUAAGGGAGUCACUUGCUCGGCUGCGGAGGUUGGAGAAGGAAUACUACCUUAAGAACAGAUCAAUCACCGGCCAUGACCCAGUUGCAAUCGCCGAACUUAAGAGCCUCGACGACCAGGUGAACGAGUGCAAGGAGGCGGCGUGGUCCCUGGGCGAGGAACUGGACGCGAUGGUGCGCGCGUGGCGCGAGACGCGCUCCUCGGCGCCGGCGGUGCGCGCGCCCCACGCGCCCCCCCACCGCCACAACGAGAUCUGCUUCAAGUCGGCAAGGUGGCGGCUCACCGACGCCGACGGCCAGCUCGGCAUCGCGGACCUGCUGCUCACCAACUUCCUGUACACGAAGACGUCCAGGUCCGACGACUCCGUUGAGCACCAACUGGAAGUUGGAUAUGUGCGCGUCACCAAUCUCCUGCCGAACGAGCCAUUCCCAGAAGUGCUGGUGCCGCAGGCGGCGUCGGGGCGCGCGCCACUAGCUAGGCGCGCGGCGUUGCGCGUUUUCUGCCGCGACCGUCCGCCAGUCGGAGGCAUCUCCGUCAAGGAGCACUUCGAGGUCAACAUAGUGCCCAUCCGCAUCGGUCUGACGAAGAAGUUCUUCAACACGAUGUUGAAGUUCUGCUUCCCCGAACGCGAUCCCGAGGCUAUAGAGGAUGGGGAAGAGGAUGGUGAGCGCACGCUGCCCGCCGCCGCCAAGAAGAGAAGCAAGAAGCGCGACUCCAACUCCAACUUCUACGUCAAGCGCGACAAGAAGGACAAAGACGACGUCGAGAAGAUGAAGGAACGCGCCGAGAAGAACAAGCUGUUCAUCUACAUAAAGAUCCCCGAGGUGCCGGUGCGCGUCUCGUACAAGGGCAGCAAGGAGAAGAACCUGGAGGACGUGCGUGACCUGCCGCUGGUGCUGCCCACGCUCGAGUACCACAACGUCACCUGGACCUGGCUCGACCUGCUGCUGGCCACCAAGAACGACACGCGCAGUACCACAACGUCACCUGGACCUGGCUCGACCUGCUGCUGGCCACCAAGAACGACACGCGCAGGUAAGGAGUAUCCCGGGGGACGUGCGCCACCUGCCGCUGGUGCUGCCCACGCUCGAGUACCACAACGUCACCUGGACCUGGCUCGACCUGCUGCUGGCCACCAAGAACGACACGCGCAGGUAAGGAGUAUCCCGGGGGACGUGCGCCACCUGCCGCUGGUGCUGCCCACGCUCGAGUACCACAACGUCACCUGGACCUGGCUCGACCUGCUGCUGGCCACCAAGAACGACACGCGCAGGAGUAUCCCGGGGGACGUGCGCCACCUGCCGCUGGUGCUGCCCACGCUCGAGUACCACAACGUCGACCUGGACCUGGCUCGACCUGCUGCUGGCCACCAAGAACGACACGCGCAGGUAAGGAGUAUCCCGGGGGACGUGCGCCACCUGCCGCUGGUGCUGCCCACGCUCGAGUACCACAACGUCACCUGGACCUGGCUCGACCUGCUGCUGGCCACCAAGAACGACACGCGCAGGGUGAUCCUGUCGCAGGCGAUCCGGCAGAAGCUGCAGCUGGGCAGGCGUGCUGCAGCUCCAGCGGAGCCCCACGAGGAGGACAAGGUGCGCCUGCUGCUCGGCGAGCGGACGGUGGCAGAAAACAAGCCGCAGAAGAAGGGCACACCGAGCGUAUUCAAGUUUUCCAAAUCU